CAUGCCAUACCAUGCCAUGCCCAGCCACCGACCGCGACGACGGCGGGGGUGCCAAGCGAACCCACGUCGUCGCGGACUGCGUACGCGCGUCGGCUUCUCGGUCGUCGCCCGCCGAAAGAGGUGGAGAGCGAGGCCAGGCCGGCCGAUCGAUUGCAGCCGAUGCCUGCCUUUUCGCACGGCGGAAUCCAGUCGCAGUAGAGCGGAAUCCACGAGGGAAACCAUCAUUCCAUCAAGGUCGAUCGGGGUGGGGGCGAAAGGGGAAGACAUGCAUGCGGCAAAUCCCCAUCGUCGGCAGUAGCAGGGAUGAACGGCAAGUUCCCCUCGUCGGCGGCGUCGGCCCCGGCCCCGGCGACGCACAGCAUAAGCACCAACAACCGGGACCGAGCCCGAGCCUGAUGUCCAUGGCGACCGCGGUGCGCUCGCCCGCGACGCCGCUGCGCACAACAUCCAUGGAGGGGACAUGCUGUCGCUGCUACUCUGUGCGGCUGCUUGUAGUUUAGGUGCUCGAUGAAAUUCCCAGUCAGUCUAAAAUGCUAGUUCAAUGGUCUAUGCUAUUUCUAUAUUAACUAGUCAUGAUCAAUAAAAGUACUAUAUUCCUGUCUUGUGUUA